AUGGUGCACCAGACCCGCAUCCACGCCACUGAAGAACUAAAGGACUUCUUUGCCAGGGCCCGGGCUGGCUCCAUCCGACUUAUUAGAGUCAUCAUUGAGGACGAGCAGCUUGUGUUGGGUGCCUCGCAGGAGCCAGUGGGACGUUGGGACCAGGACUACGACAGGGUCGUGCUGCCGCUGCUAGACGCCCAAGAGCCCUGCUACCUCCUCUUCCGACUUGAUUCGCAGAAUGCUCAGGGUUUCGAGUGGCUUUUCCUGGCCUGGUCACCUGACAAUUCGCCUGUGCAGCUGAAGAAGCUGUAUGCAGCCACACGAGCCACAUUUAAGGAGUUUGGAGGCGGCCAUAUCAAGGAUGAGCUCUUCGGGACAGUAAAGGAUGACCUCUCCUUGGCUGGGCUUGAGAAGCUCCUGUCAUCCUGUGUUGCACAUGCCCCACUGACUUACAGUGAGCGAGAGCUCCAGCAGAUCCGAAUCAAUGAGGUGAAGACUGAGAUCAGUGUGGAAAGUAAGCACCCGACCCUGCAGGGCCUGGCUUUGCCCCUGCAGCCUGAGGUCCAGCGGGCACUUCAGCAACUCAAGCAGAAGACAGUUAACUAUAUCCAGCUGAAGCUGGACCUGGAGCGGGAGACCAUCGAGCUGGUACACACAGAACCCACAAAUGUGGCCCAGCUGCCUUCACGGGUUCCCCGAGAUGCUGCCCAGUACCACUUCUUCCUGUACAAGCAUACACAUGAGGGUGACUCCCUUGAAUCUGUGGUCUUCGUCUACUCCAUGCCGGGGUACAAGUGCAGCAUUAAGGAGCGCAUGCUCUACUCCAGCUGCGAGAGCCGCCUCCUUGACUCUGUAGAGCAAGACUUCCAGCUGGAGAUAGCUAAGAAGAUGGAGACCAGCGAUGGGGCAGAGCUGACUGCUGAGUUCCUCUAUGAUGAGGUGCAUCCCAAGCAGCACGCCUUCAAGCAGGCGUUCGCCAAGCCCAAAGGCCCGGGGUGGGGGGGCAAGCGAGGCCACAGGGGCCUCAUCCGGAGCCCCGGGGAGAAUGGGGGGGGGAGGGAGACAGCUAGAUGUCUGGCCUGGGGGAAGACAGGUAGGUGUCUGGCCUUGGGAACAGGGCCGGGCACAUGGACUGCAGGGCUGCCACCCAGCCACCCCUGCUCAUCCUUCCUCCCCAGCCUGGGCUCUAAGGAAUUGCUUCCUGUGGGGCAGGAAGACAAGUGGCUGAACACAUUUGCUACUUAUGAGGACCUCUGGACCAGCACUUCGUGA